GUCCCGGCGGCAGAGUUCGUCAGCCUCGCGGCAGCUUUGAUGUGUGUCGUUAUGCCCGACCACGCCGACGUCAGCCUCCCACCGGAGGAGCGAGUACGAAGACUGAUCCAGGUGGGAAGCGCCGUGGAAGUGAACGAGGACAUCCCACCGCGACGCUACUACCGCUCCGGCGUGGAAAUCCUCCGCAUGGCAACCAUUUACUCGGAGGAAGGCAAUAUCGAGCAUGCCUUUAUUUUGUACAACAAAUAUAUCACGCUCUUCAUUGAGAAGCUGCCGCAGCACCGUGAUUACAAAACUGCUGUCAUACCCGAAAAGAGGGAGACAGUGAAAAAACUGAAAGAAGUAGCCUUCCCCAGAGCUGAAGAGCUCAAGGAGGAGCUAUUAAAGAGGUACGCCAAGGACUAUGCUAAGUACAAGGAGCAGAAGAAGGAGGAGGAAGAGGAAUUUGCACGCAAUUUGGCUUUGCAGCAGCAGCUGGAAGAGGAGAGAAAUCGGGUAGCCCUGAUGAAGCAGCAGCAGGCAGAGCAAGAGCAGUUUCAUGCCUUCGAGGAGAUGAUUCGACGACAGGAGCUGGAGAAGGAACGUCUAAGGAUAGUGCAGGAAUUUGGAAAGCCAGAGCCGAGUCCCGAGUCUCUGGACGGGCCCCUCGUCCCUGGUGUGGAAAAGCCCCCGACUGAUUUAAUCCCAAAGGUUCCUGUCUCUCCAGUUCGCCCUACAAGUCCGUCAGCGGGGACUGUCUCAUCCAAACCUCCUGUUGUGGACAGAUCUUUGAAACCUAGUGCUUUGGGGAGCACGGAAAACAAUGCAAGUAUGGAUGUCCUUCGCCAGGUCAUUGUCCCUAGGGAGCUCUGCCAGAAGUUCCUCCAGCUGGCUGAUGCCAACACGAUCCGGGGUGUGGAGACAUGUGGGAUCCUCUGCGGUAAGCUGAUGAGGAACGAGUUCACGAUAACCCACGUCAUCGUUCCCAAGCAGUACGGAGGCCCCGAUUAUUGCAACACGGAGAAUGAGGAGGAGCUCUUCGUGAUCCAGGAUCAGCACGGCCUUGUUACGCUAGGCUGGAUCCAUACUCACCCCACGCAGACAGCCUUCCUCUCCAGCGUCGACCUGCACACGCACUGCUCCUACCAGAUGAUGUUGCCAGAGUCCAUUGCUAUUGUGUGUUCUCCGAAAUACCAGGAGACGGGGUUUUUCAAGCUGACGGAGCAUGGCCUGGAGGAGAUCUCUUCCUGCCGGCAGAAAGGAUUCCAUCCGCACUCCAAAGACCCUCCUCUCUUCACUACCUGCAAUCACGUGUCAGUAGUCGAGAGAGACGUGGUCCUGAUGGAUCUCCGAUAGGCCUCUUGCCUUAACCGUUUACAGAAAACCAUCUACCUUCCUUCUAGGCCUCGGGAUUUUUUUUUUUUCCUCCUGUAGCAGAUGAUUUCUACCGUGUAGUGAUCCUUCCCCUUCCUCCCCCAAUAACCACGGUGAAAUCGGUACCCUGACCUCAGUGGGAGCACGUGAAACCUCAGUGCCUGGCUUUGGGCUGGCAAAGUGGUGCUGAGGUUCAAGGUGUGGGGAAAAGCUAACUGGAAACUCAGACAGAAGCUAACACUGAAACAAUUGUUUAAUACUCUACGGCUUGAACAGCUUCUUGGGGGAGUUCCCCAUGAUUUGCUGCAACCAUGAGGGGUGGAAACCUCUUCAAGUGCUUUCCAAAGUGGGACUUGCCCAAGUUAACCCAUGGUUUGUUUUGCCCUCUCUCUGGGUUGCUGUGGUCUCAGUGCAGCUGGCUGGAGUAGAUAAGUCUUUGCUAUAGUUUAAGAUUAAACCUUCCUAACCGCUCUCACCCCAUGCAAGAGCUUAUUUUCGCUGAGCCAGAGCGAAUCCUGCUGGCUGGUACUCAGAUCUUUGCCUGGUGAGGUAAGAAGGGGCCCAACCUCCUUUGGGAACCCCUAUUUCAGCGUUUCAGGGGAGAAGGUGCCUGGAUGCGGCACUGCUUUGCACAAGCCGCUUCAUUCCAGCGGUGGUGAGGAGUGUCUGGUUCAUUGAUUCUUUUUCCUGGAUGGGGGAUUCGCUCCAGCGACUGGGCUGCCCGGCGAGGGCUUGGGUUCGGCGCUUUGCUGGUGUUACCGUAGCGGAGGCUGUCGGUCUUUUGGCUGCGGUGCUGUCGUGUGAAGGCUCUGCAAGGCCAUCGCCUCUCUGAGACGGGUCUCCAGCAGCUUUUGCCAAUUUGAUCCUCAAAGAUCACCGCGCCCGAUUUGCCUCUGCGCUUCUCAAAGCAGUAUGAAGUCUGUCCUUGCCAAAAACCAGCGCUCCGUGACAUCGCCGUUAUGCGGUACACCAGCCGGGGACCUCCUCCGAAUUGCUUUCGUCAGAUGCCAAGCAGCGAUUUUUUUUCCCUUCCCUGCGCUAUCCGCGCUGAGCCUCCGCCCUCGCUUCUCCCGGCGUUGAGAGGGAAGAAGCAGUAUUGAAAGGUGGAAGGCAUCUGGCCUCAAAGGGCUGAGCGUGAUCCACCACAGCUCCACAUCCUCUGGUAGGACGCUCUGAUGCUCAGCACAUGGCUGUGCGGGGAGGGAAAGAAGGCUGGAGUUGCCUUCCCACCUGGCAUGCAUACAUACAUGUUCUAUAUGUCAUGUCCUUGUACUUCUACAUGCAAAAUUCGUUGGUGUACAGUUUUAACACAAGAUGGAUUGUAUUAUCUUG